CCGAAACGAUCGAUCGAACGGGGCGAAACAUUGUAAAUAUACCUUUAUUGAUCAAUAAAGUAGAAGAAGAACCUUUUAUUAUGAAUAACUUCCUAAGAAAAUAGAAAGUUAUCGAAAAAAACAAAAAUAGAUCAAUAUUUUUCCAUUGACAGCUGAAAAUUACGUUUUAAAUUUGACAGUGACAAUCGUGACAUAAAAAUCAUGAUUGUUUUCAAGGAUUGAAAGAAGUAUGGAAUAAUAGAAUUUUUUGCCAAUCUCCUUUAAAUUUAUAUUAUCCUAUAAAUUAUUGUUACAAGAAUGUUACUUAUGUUGUGUACUAUUUGAUUAUCAUAAAAUUAUGAAUAAUACGUUUGAUUUUCCAACUGAAAGAAUAAAAUGGCAAUGGCCUUAUCAUGCUUCGUAAAUGAACUUGUGUCGAUCUGCUGCCAUGACAACAAUGUUGUGAUGUUGUUAUUUUUAAAUAUCUCCCCUGAACUACUACUUUAUUAUAUAUAACGAAUUAAAAGUAAUAAACCUUUAAUAAUGGUAUAUAAGUAUAAACGUGUCUUCUAUAACUAACAUUUAUCUUGGUACAAUGUUACCUAUACGCGAUUUCAUAUUUACUAUACUUGGUAAGAAUUUAUGUACUACCUACAUACGUACUUCUUUUAUGCAAAAAUAAUACUGUUAUGAGUGUGAAUUUCAUAAUAUUUGGUUUUGUUAUAUAAUGUAGCUAAGUAACUAGGUAGGUAUGCAGGUAUGUAUGGGUACAUCACACCAACGUAGAUAAACGGUUUUUUUUCAAUGAUUUUUAGUAUCUCUAAAUACCUACCUAUACAGGUGUUAACUAGAAUAACGAAGGUGAUUAGCAAAGGUGCAAUAAAGUAUACCUGCCUGCCUUUAGGAAUAUACUAAGCUUAAAAUGAAAAUUUGGAUAUUUUGUACAAGGGUUAAUUUGAUUUUUUUUCUAGAACACUUUUUCAACAAAACAGAUUUAAAAUUGAAUGAGAAUUCAGAAGAUGCAUUAUCUGAUUUCAUCAACACUCCUCAAAUAUUCAUAAUUCAAGGUUAUAUAAAACAAGAUAAUAUUUUUCUUCAAACCAGAAUAAAGGAUGAUAAGAACAAAUCCAUAGUAUUUUAUAAAACAUCUGCACAAGAGCUACUGAAUGAUGAUGCUCUGCAAAACAUCAAUAUACUGACCCUGUCUAGUAACACAGCAGAGACACUCUACCAGAUUUGGAGACAGGUCUACACGCCUCUGUUAGCUGCAGAAAAUGACUUGUAUUCCAAUAAAAUACAAAAGAAUCUGUCAGACCUAGAGUCUAAUUUGAGGAUUUUAGCCCAUGGAAAAGGAAAUACUAACAUAAAUGUUGUGCUAUCAAUCCAAGAUGAAUUGGAAUAUUGGAAAACUGUUGCACAGAAGAGGGAUGCCAGUAAAAAAGAAAAAGAUGCUGCAUCCAAUUUUUGUGAACUGUUUGAAGAUAUUGUUGAAGAAAUACGCACAAUUAAUUCAAGUCCCAUGGAAGAGAUUAGGGAAUCAGCAGAAAAUAUAGGUGGAAUCCUGGAUGACAUAUGGCGGAUCACAACCUCUCCAUACUCCCAAGAUAGGAUGGUACACAUCUUUGAUGUUAUUGGGCACGAAUUGUGUUCAAUAGUACAAAAGUCCGUAUGUAUCAAUGAGCUUUGGAAAGUACACAAUAGCGGCAAGGAUAGCGAGAUAUUGAACCUUUUGUCAGACAGUUUUAAAGUGGUUCAAACUUGGAACAGCGCUUGCGAGUCAUUGACUGAGACGUACUGGCCUAACUACGCACUACAUACGUGGAUCGGAAAACCUUACGUCCCGCCUUUCUGUUUGAAUUUUCAAACUAGGUUAAAAGAGAUUCAUGAUAUCAGGUCCACACAUAGUCAACUAAAUAAAUUGCUGACCAACAGUGAACGAUCGGAAUUGCAGACUCAUCAACUGUUUACACCAUUUGAAACUGUAAACAUUUGGUUGUGUAAUGGUCCAAACCCAGGAUGGGAGACAGCAGUUUCUAAGUUUUCAACCAGCUUACGUCCUGCUGAAACUAAAGUCGCUGAGAAAUUAAAACCUAGAUUACACAAUAUGUCUACUAAACAGAUGCUAUAUGAAUUCAUGAGAUACAGUGCACUUAUAGAACGUCCUCUGGUGAAGCACGCACUCAACAACGAACUGGAAAUAUUCGUGUCUUCACUCAUCUCAAUGUUAAAGAGUAUACAAACACAAUUAGAUGCUGAGGAGCUCGAUGUUAAAAUGUACCAGCCGCCGGAAAUGUCCACUGUCGUACUGCAAAUACAGUGGGCGAAGUUGACUGAAGCUAAGGUGAAAGAAAUUCAAACGUGCGCUGAGAAAUAUUUAAAAGAAUUCGAAGGCAGUUCUGAGUUGCACAAUCUCGCUACGAAGGUGUUGAAAGAUCUGAAAAAUAUGUACACACAGCUUCACGAAGAUUGGUGUCGCGAUCUCCAGGCUCAAGCAAAGAACGGUUCUCUGCAAAUAUCUACGGAUAAGCCGGUAGUGGAAUUCAGUGGCAGUAGUAAGUUGAUGGUUGUGAACUUCAACCCUGGGUUAGUUCGUAUGGAGUUAGAGGCACGAGCUUUAGCUGCCAUGCGACUGCCGCCACCGCCCGCCGCGGCAGCACUCGACUCACUCAGCACUGCGCUGGCGCAUGCACGGCCGUUACAACAGGUUGCGUCAUUUCACAAUACGUUAGGUGAACGAAUGAUCCCGUCCACUAGACCUAUGAUGUUGCAAGCCGCAUUAGACUUGUCUAAUUUAGUACAAGACCAGAAAGCGGUAUACUGGGAUGAUAUCGAACAACUAUCUAACUAUACGGACAAACUCAAGAAAAUUGUUUUAAAGUUAGAGACACAGAAUACUUAUCUGACAGGUCAACAUGUAGCGAUCAGGAAUAUCGUGCAGAAACUUAUUGAGACAGAACUGUUAGCCAAGCAAGCUGAAUGGAAGAAAGGUGUUAAGGAGAUGAGAGAUAUUAUAGAUACGGUGGAAUCAAAUGGUUACAAGAACACAGAACUGUGGAGAUCUCAUUGGGACUGGCAGCUUUAUAAGGCUCUUGAAUAUCAGUAUAUAAAAACAUUGCUUUCUUUACAUAAGCAUUUUCCACAUGUCAAAGUUGACUUGGUUUUGCGUGGAUACGCAGUGCGCGUGCAACCUUCAAUGGAGGAGUUACGCGUACAACACUACCACCAGUUGCGCCGCCUGGUGGCUAUGCCGACGCACUUCGUGGGGGUACAGACCAACAUCACUGAUAAACAGACCAUCUUCGCUGCUAUUGUGGAAAAGCACAGCUGGCUAGGUAAUAAAGCAGUAAGACAGCUCGAGUCAGCAUUGUCCUCUCUAGAGGCGACUUGUGCUUCGUGGACCCGUCGAGCGGCCCUCGCGUGUGUGCCGGACUUGGACGCGCUGUGCCAACUACAUCUCACCGAGCCACAACACUGGGAGAACAACUUCAAAGCCUGCAAGGCUUACGGCCAGGCUGUCGCUAAGAUGACUUUUGAAGACGAAAAGAUAGAGUGGAUAACAGUCGGCACAACAACUCUUCGACGUGAGUUCGAGGCUCAAGCACGAAGUCUCUGGGCUUGUCUGAUGUCAUCCCUAGUUGCUAGUUGUAGGUCAGACGCGGCUAGAGUGGACGCCUUCGUGGCUUCAGCCGCAGUUAUGUUGGAAAACCAAGCAUUGCCUAAGAAUGCCAAAGAACUUGCUGAAAUGAGCGCCACCCAACAAGCAUUGCAACAACAAAUGCCAGAGAUGGAGAGCACAGUGGAAGCACUGAAACGUAAAAGUCAUAUGCUACGCACUUGGGGAGGAGAUACAUCAGUGGAUGGGACCAUGAAGGAAUGGCGGAAGAUACAUGAACUUAUGCUCAGCCAACAGAAGAUGUUUGAACAUCAGGCUGAGAUAGUAAAGUCAAGUUUGAGCGGUGAUUGGGAUAAUUUAAAUUCAAGUGUAGAAGCUUGGACAUCGCGGUGGAGUCAGGCUAAACCACGUCUGGAUGAUACGCAUGGCGUGGACUAUGCAGAGAUGCUCGAUAGAUGUCGCUCUGUGUUCGAAGCGCACGCGAGCUUGAAUAAGUUUGUCACAGACAGAGAUGAAUUGAUAAAAGAGUGUGACAAGUUCCAAAUGAAAGUCGAGCUCAAUGACACUUGGGAUCAAGCUGAGAAGCUUAUGGCUGAAUACGUUACAUUAUGGACUCCUCUAAAAGAGUACAAUGAAGAAUUUGAAUCGAUGGCAGAUCAAGAAUGGAUUGUCUUUCAGAAAAAGAUCCAUUUGAUAGAAGAAUUUUCAGUAAAAUGGAAAAGUCGUUUGGAACCGUUCACUAUAGUAACUUUGUACAUACAACAGGAAUUAGAGAAGUACUCGGAUUUGGCUCCUCUACUAAAAUAUCUACGCGGCACAGAUUUCACGGAACGCCAUUGGCAUGAAGUGUACAGUCUACUUGAGAUGGAGUAUAAGAAACCGGACGCGUUGCAAGUCAGGGAUCUCCUGGGAGCCGCCAUGAAUAUUAAGAAACAUAUCAAAUACAUACAGAAAAUCUGCAGUGCUGCAUCAAGUGAGUCUGCAAUCAGGAAUGCUCUAAAUGAGCUUGAGAUUUGGUUCGCCGGCGCACGUUUCAACAUCACAUACUACAAUGAUAAGGCGAAGCGUCCCACGCCUAUAGUGAAAGACUUUAAGGAAAUACUUAGUAAGAUUGAAGAACAACAAUGGGUGGUGUCUUCCCUAUCGGGCGGUGCGAGCGGAUCCGACGCAUGCAGCACAUGGGAGGCGCGGCUCAGGGCUGCGCGGGCGCUACUACGUGCCACACAUCAUGCACAACGGAGGUGGCUGUACUUAGAACCCAUACUUUCCAAUGAUGAUGGUGAAUUAGGAGUCAAAUUCCGGAAGGUAGACCAAGGAUUUCGACAAGUGACGAGGAUAUUAGAGUCGGAUCCUAGGCUCUCAGCUCUACUGCAGUCUUCAAGACUUCAACCCAUGCUGGACUCCAUAUCUGAACAACUUUUAGCUUGUCAGUCAGCCUUAAAUCUCUAUAUUGAUGAAAAACGUUCAGUGUUCCCAAGACUUUACUUCCUGAGUGACGAUGAUUUACUUGAACUACUCGGACAAGCUCGUGCUGGUGCUGAAGGGAGGGAAGCUGUUAUGCAAACACAUCUCAAGAAAUUGUUCCCAGGAAUCACAGGAGUACGAUUGGGGCCUGGAGAUAUGUCUAUUACCGCUUUGUGUAGCCAUUACGGAGAAACAUUCCAAUUGGACCACCCAGUGGAUAUCGAUUGUCCAGUAGAGGUAUGGUUGAAGAACUUGGAAGCAGAAAUGCGAUCCUCUCUAAAGAGCAUGACCCUAAAGUGCAUAGUUACAAACUCUCUCCAGGAACAAGACCCCUUCUCACUACCAACACAAAUACUAUGUCUUGCACAAAACAUACGCUUCACAGAACAAGCAGAAAAAGCCAUAACUUCUAAGGAAUUACACAAAUUAAAAUCCAAUAUUGAAAAGGAGAAUUCCUACUACGCUUCAGCCGAAAUAGAGGACGAGAGUGAGCGACGCAAACGACAGGCACUCAUAUUACAAUGUGCUCAUUAUUUGUCCGUCAUCAGAAUUUUGAUAGACAAUAAUAUCGUGUCAACUAGCGACUGGCUUUGGCAAAAACAGUUGAGAUUUUAUUUGCUGAGUACAAAGGAGGUGGUAGCUAAAAUGGGACUAGCUCAGAUAUCAUAUUCAUACGAAUACCUAGGAGUGAACACUGGACAGUUUGUGCGCACCGAACUAGCUGAUGACUGUUUCUUUAUAUUGACGCAGUCUCUCCAUCUGGGCUUAGUUGGUAAUCCCUUCGGUCCAGCUGGUACUGGAAAGACGGAGUCUGUAAAGGCUCUGGGUGGUCUCGUAGGACGCUUGGUACUAAUCUUUAAUUGCGAUGAGGCAAUGGACGUAGAGUGUAUGGGUCGUUUACUCAGUGGCCUAGCUCUGUGUGGUGCGUGGGGAUGUUUCGACGAGUUCAAUCGUCUGGCGGCGCACACACUGGCCGGCGUGGCUCACCAACUGUCCUCGCUACUCGCCGCUACUACCGACCGGACCGAUGGAUCAACACCUACUGCGAUGCUCAAUGGAAAACAGGUGACAGUAUCGGAAUGGUGUGGAGUGGCGGCCACAAUGAACCCGGCGGGCCGUGGCUACGGCGGUCGUCGUCCACUGCCGUCCGCCUUGCAGCGAGUGCUGCGUCCGGUCGCCAUGCUGCAGCCGAGGCCCGACGUACUCGCUGCACAUCUACUGGCUGCGGCCUGCAUCCCUGAUGCUGACAUACUGGCUCGUGAUCUGCAUAAUGUGUUUACUCUUGCAAGCUGCCUACUAAGCGAGCAGCGUCACUACGACUGGGGGCUGCGGGCCCUGAAGGCGGGCGUGGGGAGCUGCGCCGCCAUGUUGCGGGCCGCGCCGCGCCCGGCCGCCGCCGCGCGCCGCGCCGCCGCGAGACAAGUACUCACACUCAACAACCUCUCCAAACUCACGCGAUAUGAUGCUCAAAGAUUCGAAAAUAUACUAUCGUUGGUUUUCGCUGAUGUACCAACUGAAGAGUCCAGCUCCGACCCGAUAAACUCUGCUCUUGAGAUGAGCGUAAACAACCUCAAGCUUGUACAAAAUAAACAACAGAUACAAAAGUGCGUGGAAUUGUACGAACAAAUGCAACAGAGAAUGGGCGUGGUUAUAGUUGGACCUCCAGGGUCUGGUAAAACUACAAUAAGGCAGCUAUUGAAAUCUGCCCUAGCACUCCAAGGUAAGAACGUGGUGGAGUACAUAAUCUGUCCGAAGGCGAUGAGUCGCGAUUGGUUGCUGGGACAUAUCGAACACGACACAAGGCAGUGGACUGACGGCGUCAUAUCUUACACGGCGCUUGAAAUAUCCAACCAACCGUCUGAUGUGUGGUCUUGGGUAGUAUGUGACGGUGAUAUCGACCCAGAAUGGAUUGAAGCCCUCAACUCAGUGUUGGACGACAAUAGACUGUUAACAUUGCCUUCAGGCUGGAGGAUACAAUUUGGUUCCAAUGUGAACUUCCUCUUUGAAACUCAUAGUCUGGAACACGCUUCACCUGCUACUAUAUCGAGGAUGGGUAUUAUAUUAUUGAGUGAUGACGUAAGCUGUGAUCUAGAUGUGCUGGAAGCGUGGAUGCGUAAAGCUGAUUUUGAUAAUGAAGGCGUGAAGGUGGCUCUGCCGUUAUUGCAGCAAGUUAUUAAGAGAUGCAUCCAGUGGCUUACUGAUCAUAAGGGGGAUUUGGCUCUUAAACUUCAUAACAUUACUGUGGUGAAACAAAUACUAACACAGUUCGAGUACUUAGCCCAAGACACAGGAUUUAACGCUGCUCGUAUGGGUCCCGAAGAAAUGGUCUACCUUGCCAUACAGCGAAGUGUAGUUGACGUUAUCAAAGAAAGUGCUAUCGACAGCUUCCAUGAUGAGCUAUCAACACUAAUGGGUCCUCCAGUAGUGCCGCCACUAGGUACGAACGAGUGGGUGACGGACACGCUGUACAUGUCGCGCCGCCUCCUGGCGUGCGAGCCCACUUUACGAGCGGGUGUGACGUCACACCACGCACAUCUACUCAUUGUAGGACCCGAUGCUUGUGCAAAGAACCUUUUAGCGGAAUACAUAGUGAAGGAAUGUAAUUCGGCAGUCCUUACUAUUGACUGCACUCCGAUUUUAGAACCAGCUGACAUCAUUGCUGAACUGAAAAGAAGCAACAUGGUCCGCGCGGGCGGGCGCGGCGCGGGCGCGGGCGCGCGCAGUACGCUGGUGGUGCGCGCCCUGCACCGCGCGCGCACUGACGCAUGGAAGUCCAGUCCCGUGCACUCCUUCCUACUACAGUUAAUACAACACAAUGGAUUCUGGACACGAGGCAGUGACGAGGAAGGAGGUAGUGGCACGCAGUGGUGUCAGGUGUCACGUCUGAGAGUACUCGCUACGGCCACUUCGUUGACUGCUAUUUCACCUAGACUGGCCGCUGCCUUGGAGCUUAGGGCUUUGAGUGAACCAGAUGAUGAGGAAUUAUCAGAAAUAGUCACUCACUAUUUAAGAAACAGCGUAGAUAAAGGGAUAUCUACGAAGGAUAUAACAAAACUAUCCGAUAAUCUUCUGGCUAUGUAUAAAGAGGUCACGGAGACAUUCGACGACCACAGUCAUUACAAGUGGAAUGCAUCACACUUAAGGAAACUGUGCGAGAAUGUCAAGUGGUACUCACCAACGAACACUGCACAAUUAAUUAUGGCCAUCAGCGCAGAAGCCAACUUCAUAUUUCGAGAGAGGUUAAUAUCAGAUGAAGAAAAAUCCGCGUUCAGUUCUAUAUCAUGUAAACAUUUAAAAGUAAACAACGAGGCGAUGUACUUCGCUUGCAAACUGCGUGGUGACGGAAUCUACUUGGAGCACACUGAUUAUAAUGAUUGGCAUCAUAGAACCGAGCUAUUGAUUAACCAGUGCUUGUCAGAAAACGAACAAAAUGUAUUUGGUGAGACUGGUGCCGAAGUGUGUUCCGAACUGGCGCUACUGUGCCCGGCCAUGGCGCGAUCAAGUAACGGCGGACUACUAGUGUGCGUGGGGUGCGCAGGAGUGGGUCGCCUGGCCGCCGCCUACAUCACGGCCGCCGCACUACCUGCCUCAUUAGUCGUUAUCAACCAUGACGCACAGUUUAACACGCAGUUUAAAAACGCAUUAACGUCGGCAGCAGAAGGCAAGCGUACGAUUGCAUUAAUUCGCGAGGGCGCGGCCAGUAAGCACGUACUGGCCGCGGUAGAGGCAUUGCGGCGCGCGCGCACUCCACAUGCAUUACCUGCUUUAUUGCUGCCCAAUGCUGAGCUGAAUGCUAUUCGAAACAUAAAAGAAAACCUCGGCAUCGUGAUAUGUUUAGACAAGAACCAAGAAAACCUAUCAGAUCUAAUGGAAAAUUACCCAUUACUAUACAACGAUGGUACCAUAGUAUGGUUGGAGCAUUGGACUGAUGAUACAUUACGUCAGUGGCCACGCCUACUGGUGCAAAGAUUGCUAAAAGAAAAUGCAGUGAACACAUCGAAGGAACAACUAGACUCAUUACCAGUAGACGGGUUUGUGAACAUCCACAAGAGUAUCGAUGUGGAAUGGAAGAAGGCACCCUGUCGAUAUGUGAACUUUAUUAGGACUUACUACAACAUUAUUAACAGGAAGAAAACUGCACUUCUUCAGAGGCAGACUAUGCUUUCGGCGGGCGUAGAAGCAUUACGUCGUGGACGUAGCGAGGUAUCUGCUCUGCAAGCAGAAGCAGCGACACAAGAGACGGAACUCCGCAGUAAGCAAGCGGCCGCAGAGAGUGCGCUGCAACAGAUAUCCGCCACUGUACGCGCGCACACGCACCACAAGGACGACAUGCAGGCGCUGCAGCGGAACGUACAGAUGGAGAAUGAGAAACUGCAGGCACAAAAAAAAGAAAUAGAAGCGGAGCUAGCCGCGGUUGAGCCCAUUAUAGCGGCAGCUCGAUCUGCAGUCGGCGAUAUUAGACCAGAGUCUUUGAGCGAGGUACGUUCAUUACGUGCUCCACCAGAGGUCGUGCGAGACGUAUUGGAAGGCGUCUUACGUCUCAUGGGUAUCGCUGACACUUCGUGGCAUUCCAUGAAGAAUUUCCUGUCCAAACGUGGAGUCAAAGAAGAUAUCAGAUGUUUAGAUGCAAGUCAAAUCAGUCCCGCAGCGUUAGCGAGCGUGCAAAAGUUGCUAGAGUCCCGCGGUGGAUCGUUCGAGCCGGCCACAGCGAAGCGUGCGUCGGCAGCAUGUGCCCCGCUCGCGGCGUGGGUGCGCGCCAACAUACACUACGCCGCCGCCUUACAGCGCGUGCUGCCGCUGCAGGCACAUCAGGCCAAGCUCGCCAAGAACCUAACCGACGCAGAGCAGCAAAUGGCAGCCCUGUCUACAGACCUAAACACAGUAGAGGAACGAGUGGCAGCGCUACAAGAACAAUUAGGGCAGAACACACGCGAGGCCGCGGCGCUAGAACUGAAACUAGCACAGGCCAACGCUACCAUCACCACCGCUACCGAACUCAUCGACCAGCUGGCACAUGAAUACACAGCUUGGGAAAAUGAUCUGGAGAACAUAUCAAAAGAAAUAUCACAACUCAGUCAGAGAUCCCUACUAUCGGCCGCCUACAUAGUGUACUUACCAGAUGUCACUGAACCACAAGCCAGGGAUUACGUUUCAAAAUGGAGUGCGCUCAUCGGUUUCGAAGAUGCAUUGUUUUCUGUAAUAAACUUCCUAUCGUCUACCGAGAAGCAGUUGAAGUGGGAAGCCGAUGGGUUACCAUCUGAUACUACUGCUGUUAAAAACGGAGUUUUGAUAGAUCAGAGUAUGACGGGAAGCUCCCAAGCCCCGGCCCCGGCCGCUCGUCUGCUCCUACAGAGUCGCGCGGUGGCGACACUGCCCCCGCAUGUAGCCGCCACGCUCAGCCCACUAUACUUCACUCCUACACUACAUGCGCUUACUGAUCAACUCGUCAACUACGCUUUGCAACAGCAAAAUCCAGAACUUCAUGAAAAAUCUAGAGAGAUCAAACUGAAAAAGGCUACUCUACAGAAACAGCAGCAUGAGUUACAGGAAAACCUGCUCCGCGAACUAUCAAACAAAAGCAACAUUUUACAAGACGCGGGUGUACUAGCCUCACUAAGUAAGACUAGGGCUACCAACGACACUAUAGUAGAAGCUUUAGCGGCUGCUAAGGAAGUGGAGCAAGCGAGCCAAAGUGCCUGUAAGAUGUAUGAGGCGGCCGCGCAGAGGGCAGCCCUACUGGCGCUGGCGACCAAUGGACUGGCGACUCGAUGGCCACUUAUUGCUCUACCUGUAGAUGCGAUACUUGACGUCUUCGUUGAUGCUGUGAGGAGACAAUCUGUGGGAAUAGAACAAGGUAGAUCAGCUUGGGAAGCAGCCCUGGAGAGUUGUCGCAGUGGUAACUGGCUAGCCAUAGUUGUUGGAGCAUCGCCGUUCACAAACGACUUGCAGGCCUUCAUCACUGCAUACCUCGAAACACCGGCCGACCAAUUCCAUGAAGACUUCAGAUUGUGGAUUUUGUCAGAGGACCGUGAAAUCCCACCGCUCAUAUCUAAUGCCUGCGUUAAUGUUAUACUCGAGGCACCGGAGGGUGUAAAGAACAACAUAAUGGGCACACUGUACGCGUGGGGCGCGUACACGGCGGACGCGAACACCGUACGACUACACGCCGCACUCGCGUUCUUCCACGCACUGGUGCAGGAGAGACGUGCUUAUAUACCACAGGAGUUAAACUCGACUGUCAGUGUGACCAACAACAUCGAUAACAUAACGCCAUUGAAAUCCCUUCUGUCACUGUGGAAGAAACUAAUGUCGGGAAGUCCAUUUAUAAAAGGAGAUUAUCAAAUUAAAGAGGAAUCGGACAACGAGUUAGUUUGGGAACGCAGCGUAGAAGUGCCGGUGUACAACAACGAGGCGCGCGAGGCGAUAGUGUUCAGUACGCGCGCGCCGCUCACGCAGCACUACGACCCUGACCUCGCCACGCUACAUGCUAUCGCACUGUUCAUUGCCACCAAUGAUUAGAAUAUUUUGCAGAAUCACUUAAUAUUAGACAAAACGAACAUGUCAUGAAAAAAGAAAAUAUGGGCUUGUAUAAGGCUUAGUAAGGCACUUUGCACCUUAAACCUUCCUAGGAGAAGUUACAGAAAUAAAUAAUUUUACUAGUCUGUUGGCACAGUGUUUUCUCCACUUCCUUUAUUUAUUUAUUCGUAAAAGUAAUCU